CCACAGUUCUGUAGUACUUUUGUCAAUUAGCUUUCUAAGCACUUCUGAAUCUGCAUUGUGAUUUCUGUGCCCAUGAGUUUCUUAGAAAUGUAUAUUUUUGGACUCCAGAUUUAUCCUUUAUCUUUUGAUUGCUGGUGUCUACUUCAGUCGCACUGCACUCAUAAGGACUAUGAGCUGCUAGCUAGUGAUUUUCUGAGAUAUCUGAGACACCUCUAAUGGCUGAGUACUUGGUCAUAUGUGCAAAUAAUGUUCAUGUGCCUUUAGCACAAAUCCUGUUAGCUUUUUAGCCAUGUUGGGUAAAUCAGAGUGUGUUAAAAUCUCUCAUUACAGCUGUGGAUUUACCAAUUUCUUCUUUAAAUUCUUUCAAAUUUUGCUGUCACCCGCAUACUUCAUGAUUAUUUUUACGUCCUUGGUGAACUAUUUUUAACUUGCGUCAAGUGGCCUUCCCUACCCCUACUGAUUGUGCCUUGAAUUCUCUUUUUCUCAUGCAAGUAUUGCCACUCUAGCUUUCCACUGGUUGGGACUUGCCUGGUACGUGUUUUCCCAGACCUUUAUUUUCAAGCUUUCUGAAUCACUUUUGAGUUGUCUCUCUUCUAAGCAGUCUACAGCUGGAUUUUAAAACACCCAAACUGACAGUCUCUGUCUUUCAAUAGAGACCCUGGACACUGCUGACGGAUAUAAACAUGGACAAUUUCACAACACAUUCUCCAGCUCCUCAGGAAAGCGAGUGUGAUCUCUACGCACACCAUGACACAGCCAGGAUACUCAUGCCUCUGCAUUACAGCAUCGUCUUCAUAAUUGGGCUCGUGGGAAACUUGUUAGCCUUGACUGUCAUUAUUCAAAACAGGAAAAAAAUCAACUCCACCACUCUAUAUUCAACCAACUUGGUGAUUUCAGACAUACUUUUUACUACUGCUCUGCCUACACGGAUAGCCUACUACGCGCUGGGCUUUGACUGGAGAAUCGGCGAGGCCUUGUGUAGGAUAACUGCUGUCGUGUUUUACAUCAACACCUAUGCGGGCGUGAACUUCAUGACCUGCCUAAGUAUUGACCGGUUCUUUGCGGUGGUGCACCCGCUGCGGUACAACAAGAUGAAAAGAAUCGAACACGCAAAAUGCAUUUGCAUAUUUGUCUGGAUUCUAGUAUUUGCUCAAACACUCCCGCUACUCAUAAAACCCAUGUCUAAGCAGGAGAAUGAAAGGAUUACGUGCAUGGAAUAUCCAAACUUUGAAGAAACAGAAUCCCUUCCCUGGAUUCUGCUUGGUGCAUGUUUCAUAGGAUAUGUACUUCCGCUCGUAAUCAUUCUUGUCUGCUACUCUCAAAUCUGCUGCAAACUCUUUAAAACUGCCAAACAAAACCCACUAACUGAGAAAUCCGGUGUAAACAAAAAGGCUCUCAACACCAUUAUUUUUAUAAUUGUUGUGUUUGUUGUCUGUUUCACACCUUACCAUGUUGCAAUUAUUCAACACAUGAUUAAGAAGCUUCGUUUUCCUGAUCUCCUGGAAUGUAGCCAAAGACAUUCAUUCCAGAUCUCUCUGCACUUUACAGUGUGCCUGAUGAACUUCAAUUGCUGCAUGGACCCUUUUAUAUAUUUCUUUGCAUGCAAAGGGUACAAGAGAAAGGUCAUGAAGAUGCUGAAACGCCAAGUCAGUGUAUCAAUUUCCAGUGCCGUGAAGUCGGCCCCUGAAGAAAACUCACGUGAAAUGACAGAAACUCAAACGAUGAUACAUUCCAAGUCUUUAAAUGAAAAGUAAAAAGGAACUAAACCUUGGAUUUAUAGCAAAGGAAACUGUAUGAUAAAUUUUGCAGAACUUUUCUUAUAAAGCAAAAUGACUGUUCAACUUCCAACUGGGAUUAUUCUAAAUUCCUUUCAUUGGGCACUAUUUCUCACCUCCAACUUGGAAGUAAACUGAUAUAUAUGUAUUUUUUAUACUUGAGAACAACAUCAAGCAAAGUUCUAAUUUGUAAAUAAAAUACUGUACCAAAAGGGAUGGUAUUUUAAUAACUCUCAGUGUGAAAAGAGAAGUUUUGUGUUAAUGAAAAAUUUAGUCAUUCAUAUUUCCUGCCAAUAAUUUGGCAAAAGAAAAGAAGACUAUUAAAAUUGUAUAUUGCCAAUGUAGAAAUGUCAAUAUUGUAAAAUAUUUUUCUCUCCUUUUUUUGCAUGUUUCUUCAAUUCCAGUUUCUUUCAAUCUUAGACUUUAUCUCCUCAAUAACAGCAGUUUUUUAUUUUGUUCUGAGUCAUACAAUUUUGUUUCAAUGAAUUCUUUUGGAAUAAAGAGCAAGAUGCUACAAAA